GUAAAUUAUCGUUCAGGUUCCGUCUGUAAUGUCACUUGUCGACACGUAAAAAAAUUCAAUCAAACGCAGAGUUUUUGUUUAGUAAGCUUUACAAUUCUUGUAUUAUUCCAAAUCUUUCUUAUUUCAAAAUACUAGCCUAGUACUAAUGGGUGUUCGCGACGACGAAUAUGACUACUUGUUUAAAGUGGUUUUGAUUGGCGACUCUGGAGUGGGAAAAUCGAAUUUGCUAUCCCGAUUUACUAGAAAUGAAUUUAACUUGGAAUCGAAAUCCACUAUUGGAGUAGAGUUUGCUACUAGAAGUAUAGAGGUGGACGGUAAGGUCAUUAAAGCUCAAAUAUGGGAUACAGCUGGGCAAGAGCGUUACCGUGCUAUUACGUCGGCCUACUAUAGAGGUGCUGUUGGUGCACUGCUCGUCUACGAUAUUGCAAAACAUUUGACAUACGAAAAUGUCGAAAGAUGGCUGCGAGAGCUGAGAGAUCACGCUGAUCAGAAUAUCGUCAUUAUGUUGGUUGGUAACAAAAGCGAUUUAAGACAUUUGCGAUCCGUUCCAACGGAAGAGGCGAAACUGUUCGCCGAGCGACACGGUUUGAGUUUCAUCGAAACGUCCGCCUUGGAUUCGACCAACGUGGAAACUGCUUUUCAAAAUAUACUCACAGAAAUUUACCGAAUUGUUUCGCAAAAGCAAAUUAGAGAUCCACCAGAGGGUGAUGUCAUUCGACCAUCGAAUGUGGAACCAAUUGAUGUGAAGCCAACUGUUCAGUCGAAUUCCAUUCACAAACAAUGUUGCCAGUGACUGCCCAGGAACAGUAACGGCACGGCAAUACAUCAAUUUCAUAAUAUCAUAAAUCAAGUUAGUAAUAAAUGCUUGUGUUUAUUAAUGUUUAAAAUAAUAACAAUAAAUAAUUACUAAAACUGGUGUUCACAAUAUAUUAUAAUAUAACUUCA